CCUCUUCCUCCUCCUCCUCCUGUCUCUGCAGUGAGGUCACGGGUGGGCGGUACGUUGGCGGCGGCAGCCGCUUCUCUUCCACUCUUGGGAAGAACCGGGGCGCCCGCUGGGAUGUGCGCUAUGGAAGCUCCACAGAAAAAAAUCAUCCUCGGACAUCCAUCAAAAGGGACUGUUGCUCAAGAAGAUGGCAGCCCUCCAUCAAAAAAAGUCAUGACAGAAAUCCAUGUAAAGGAUAAAAUACACACAAUGGUAAAUAAGUUGCCAGUCAUUAAGAAGGAACAUUUGGAUGAAUGUGAAGAAAAUCCUAUAGAUGACAGAGAAGAAGAUGCCAAGCCAAAUAUUGCUGCAGCAACAGAGCCUUUGAACUUAAAUCCUGGUUUGAAACAUACAUUGGCACAGUUCCAUUUAAGCAGUCAGAGUUCACUUGGUGGACCAGCAGCAUUUUCUGCUCGACAUUCACAAGAAAACAUGUCAUCUGUUUUUGUACCUCUUCCAUCACCUCAGAUCCUUCCUGGCCCAUUGCUUGUUCCUUCAGAUAGUUCUACAGAGUUGACUCAGACUUUAUUGGAAGGGGAGUCUAUAUCUUGUUUUAAAGUUGGAGGAGAAAAAAGACUUUGUUUGCCUCAAGUUUUGAAUUCUGUCCUCAGAGACUAUUCUCUACAGCAAAUUAACACAGUGUGUGAUGAACUUUACAUCUAUUGUUCUAGAUGCAGUUCUGAUCAGCUUCACAUCUUAAAAGUUUUGGGGAUUCUACCCUUUAAUGCCCCUUCUUGUGGACUUAUCACUUUGACCGAUGCUCAAAGAUUAUGCAAUGCAUUGUUGCGCCCUCGCACUUUUCCUCAAAAUGGCAGCCUGCUUCAUGCUAAAAGUUCACUGGCCCAACUAAAGGAGACUGGAAGUGCCUUUGAAGUAGAACAUGAAUGCUUGGGCAAGUGUCAAGGUUUGUUUGCUCCACAAUUUUAUCUUCAGCCAGAUUCCCCAUGUAUCCAGUGUUCAGAAUGCUAUGGGAUGUUUUCACCCCAAACCUUUGUGAUGCAUUCCCAUCGAUCUCCAGACAAGAGGACUUGUCACUGGGGCUUUGAGUCAGCAAAGUGGCACUGUUAUCUUCACAUUAACCAAAAAUAUUUAGGAACGUCUGAAGAAAGAAAUGUGAAGCAACUCUUAGAACAAAUGAAAGAAAAAUUUAGCACGAAAACUCAAAAAAUCCCCCAGUCUAAGGCAGAUUCCCAUUAUAAUGUAGAAUUUCAGCAGUGGUAUCCAGUUAUAAAGCAAGAAACAGAUUCUACAGAUCAGCCACAUUCAUUUAUCCAUCCCAGCUAUUUCUUUUACAUGUGUGAUAAAGUGGUUGCUCCCAAUGUAUCUCUUAGUACUUCAAUGCCUCAAUGUAAAGAAACCACAAAAACGGUUGAAAAGAUAUCAGAGGUAUAUAAAUCAUUUCCCGGGCAGUCGCUGAAACAGCAGAAUGGUAGCAAACGCAAAAAAAGCAUCUUUUAUCAGGACAUCGCUCUUGAAGGACAAGAGAAGGGUGACUUAAAGCCUAGAUCUGGAAUUUGUGCUAGUAUCGUAGAUCAUCCCAUACCCAUUAAACCUGCAAACAGAAGGAAAACAGAACAGGUCAGUUCCAGGGAGACUACAGAAGAUGAAAUGGAAAUAAGUAGUGAUGCACAAUCCUCAUCUCAGGCUCUUUCCAAUGGUACUGGAUCUGAUGAUGAUAAAGGGAAAAUGAUGGAAGAAGUAAUGAAAACGUAUAUUAAACAGCAAGAAAGGCUGCAUACAAUUUUGCAAAAGAAGCAGCAUCUUCAAAUGGAAGUUGAAAUGUUAAGUAGUUCCAAAGCCAUGAAGGAGCUGACAGAAGAACAACAAAAUUUACAAAAAGAACUUGAAUCUUUGCAGACUGAGCAUGCUCAAAGAAUGCAAGAGUUUUAUGUUGAACAAAGAGAUUUAGAGAAGAAGCUGGAGCAGGUAAUAAAACAAAAAUGUACCUGCGAUUCCAGCUUGGAAAAGGACAAAGAAGCAGAAUACGCAGCUCAGUUAGCAGAACUGAGGCAGAGGCUGGAUCACGCAGAGGCCGAUAGACAAGAGCUCCAAGAUGAACUGAGACAGGAACGAGAAGCGAGACAAAAGUUAGAAAAGAUGAUCAAGGAAUUGAAACUUCAGAUUCAGAAAUCUUCAAAAAAUGGAAAAGGAAAAUAAAAUGCCAUCCAGAGUACACCUGCAUUUUCUCAGCAAGGCUAAAAAAAAAUUUACCUGCCAAGGAGCGGUCAAGCCAUGGAAAAGUGAAGGUAUUGGGCACAAUUAUGGAAAACUUUUCCUGUGCAUCCCACAUCAGUAGCGGAGGUGUUUGGAAACUCACAAUCAUUUCUAUGGUGAUCUGCACAAGAAAAGUUCUCGGUAGAUUAUGUCCAACAUGUGCAUAGAAAUCUACAAUAAUAUGUAUAUUUAUACAACUUCCAGACUGACCAAAUCUGUAUUUGUGCUGCUUUUUUUUAUAGUUAUGAGCAACAUUGAAAUUUUAUGUUUUACAGUGGUCAGUAUGUAUCUUGUUUAUUUUACAAACUGUCUUGAGGACUCUUACUGAAUGCAACAUUCUUGAUUCAAAGUACACAGUAUCUACCUUUUUGCAUGCAAUUCAAGAAUCUAAAAUUGAAAAAAAUAUAGUUUUAUUUUUGCUUUGCUCCAAUAUUUCAUUUCAUGAUGCUGUAUCAAAGAGAAAACUGUUAAUUGGAAAUCAUUAAACAGUGAAAACUUUAA